AUGGAGCCGGCCGGCGUGGUCACCUUGUUCUCCCUCCUGCCAGUCCUCCAGGGAAGCCCCCCUGCUCUCCCAUCCAACCUGACCAAUGCCAGAGCGACCGACCCGGACUCAGUUUGUGGACGCCCACUCGUGCCAGGGCGAAUCUUGUCCGGGCAGGAUGCCCGGCUGGGCCGGUGGCCAUGGCAGGUCAGCCUCAGGGAGUACGGACAGCACGUGUGUGGGGGCUCCUUGAUCACCGAGGACUGGGUGCUGACUGCUGCCCACUGCUUUGACCGGAACCAGCCCCUGCAGGCCUACGCGGUGCUGCUGGGCACCAUCUCCUCCUACCCCCCGGCCAGCCAGGCCCCGCACCACCGCGCCGUGGCCCAGUUCGUCCCCCACCCGAGCUACAGGGGCGGGCAGGGCAGCGGGGACAUCGCCCUGCUGCAGCUGGCCGCCCCGGUCAACUUCAGCGACCUCAUCCUCCCCGUCUGCCUCCCCAAGCCCGGAGACCCCCUGGGCCACGGCACCUGGUGCUGGGUGACCGGCUGGGGCAACAUCAACUCCAACCAAGCGCUCCUCCCGCCCUUCACUCUUCAGCAGCUGCAGCUGCCGCUCAUCGACACCCGCACCUGCGACGCCUACUACCAUGAGAACUCCAUCACCCCCAGCCAGGAGCCCAUCAUCCUGGCAGACAUGCUGUGCGCCGGCUUCGAGGACGGCCAGAAGGACGCCUGCCAGGGUGACUCCGGAGGCCCCCUGGUCUGUGACGUUGGUGGCGUCUGGACCCAGGCCGGGGUCGUGAGCUGGGGCUCUGACUGUGGCCUCUCCAAGAAGCCAGGUGUCUACACCAACGUCAGUGUCUACACCACGUGGAUUCUCAGCACAAUCGGGAGCUCAGCCCCUGACGACAGAAGCUUCUCGCCAGGCCUUGCGAGGACCGUUUCCACCGCCUUGUUGUUGUUUCUGGGACCACUGGGGGGCACCGUGUCCCUGGGGCUUUCCUGACCCUGCAGCUCAACCCUCAGACCUGCGUCCUCACAUCGCAAACCCAAGGCCCGCCCCCUGCCAGGAAUGCAGUAUGCAGCUUCUCACAGGGGCUUCUCCCCAAGCCCUCCCUGAAAGCUGCCUUCCGCCUUCCGCCACCCACCAAACCCUUUGUCCUUCUCUGGCCCCUUCCCCUCAGAAGGCUCCCCAUUGUAAUACCUCACACCUCUCCCUCUUCAGACCUUCAUGUGCCCCCCAUAGGCACUAAGCUGCUCUCUCACCCUCCCUGCAAGGCUGGGCUCCACCCCCACGCCCCCUUCCCCAGGAACAGAGCCUAGUGUUUCCUGCUUCUCGCCCACCAUCCAAGGCUGAGUCCCAGCAUGCACCUCGGCUCAGGGAUUCCUUUGAGGGUUUCUGGGACUCUUUGGAAUGGAGGUUUCCAGCCCCAGUGCUGGGCUGGUCCCUUUGUAGUCAUGUGUGUCUGAAGGCAAUAAAGAUGACCUGGCAGAGGGCCAUCCCAACAGGUG